AUGAAGUGUUGUUAUCUUUCGGCCUUCGUAGUGGAAAAAGCCAAUCCAUAUUUCGGCACUCGGUAUAUUGUUUCUUUCUUUCAUUCUUUCUUUUUUCUUUCAUACUGCUUUUCUUUCUUUCUUACUUUCUUUCUUUCUUUCUUUCUUUCUUUCUUUCUUUCUUUCAUACUGCUUUUCUUUCUUUUUUCUUAUUCUCUCUCUCGUUCUCUAUCCCCAACUCUCUCUCUCUCUCUCUCUCACACACACACACACACACACCCCUCUUUCUUCCUCACACAUAAUUCUUUAUUUAUUUAUUUACUUAUUUAUUUUCUUUCUUUCUUUCUUUCUUUCUUUCUUUCUUUCUUUCUUUCUUUCUUUCUUUCUGCUUUCCUUCCUUUCUUUCUUUUUAUGUAUCGUUCUUACUUUUUUUCUUUCUUUCUUUCUUUCUUUCUUUCUUUCUUUCUUUCUUUCUUUCUUUCUGUUUUCCUUCCUUUCUUUCUCUCUCUCUCUCCCUCUUUCUCUCUCUCUCACACACACACACAUACGCCUCUUUCUUUCUCACACAUAAUUCUUUCUUUCUUUCUUUCUUUCUUUCUUUCUUUCUUUCUUUCUUUCUUUCUUUCUUUCUUGUGUUAA